AUGAAGCUAUAUCCUCUUCUUCUCUUGCUUUGUCUCUGCCAUCUGGGACUCACUGAGGAGCCCAGUCCAGCACCUACAAGUGUCAGUAUAACAGAAGAAGACGAGGCAUCAGAGGGUGACAGCUGUGGAGGAGCGUUCAGCCCUGAGGCACACAGGGCAAUAGGAAAGGCCACCGAGCAACUGGGUUUGCAGCUCCUGGAAAAUCUUCCUGUUAGUCCACAGCAGCCCAAUGUCAUCCUCUCACCGCUCAGCCUUGCUUUUGCCCUCGGUCAACUCACCUUAGGUGCUCGCACUGAGACAGAGAAGCUGCUACUAAAGACCCUUCAUGCCCACGGUCUGGCAUGCUACCAUCAUGCACUGGGAAGCCUUGUACCUCAUUUUAGCCACACAUCAUUGGAGGUAGCGGCACGCAUGUACCUGAAGCCAGGAUUUAAAGUGAAGGCGUCCUUUGUUGAAGAGUCUCUGCGCAGGUACAAAUCACAGCCUGUUCCUUUAGUCUCUAUGGACGAGGUCAACCAAUGGGUUGAGAAUGUUACCAAUGGACACAUCUCCAACUUCCUAGAAAGUAUUCCACACGAUGUGGUGCUUAUGCUCAUGAAUGCUGUAUACUUCAAAGGUCAGUGGCAAACACAGUUUGACCCACAAGCAACAUCAAAGGGAGAGUUUUACUUGGACAGCCAGAACUCUGUGUCAGUGGACAUGAUGAAAUCUGUCCAGUACCCUUUACGCCUGAUGUAUGAUUCCAAACUGGAAGCACAGGUUGCCAGUUUUCCCUUCAAGGGAAACACCAGCUUCUUAAUCAUCCUUCCCAGAGGAAACCUGUUGUCAGUGCUUUCCAAACUAAACAUCUCCGACCUCUACAGAUCUCUACCUCAGGAGAAACUGAUGCAGGUGAACUUGCCUAAAUUGAAGCUGGAGUACCAAAAGGAGCUCCAGGGGGCUCUGACCAACAUGGGCCUUGGCUCUCUGUUCUCUGGUCCUGACCUCUCGGGGAUAUCGGACCAGCCCCUCACGGUGACCGGCAUCCGGCACGCCAGCACAAUAGAACUCAGUGAAGAAGGUGUCGAGGCCUCGGCCACCACCGCUGUAACCUCCAUGCGCUCAGUCUCCAUGUUCUCUGUAAACUCCCCUUUUCUUUUUGCUCUCGUCGAUGACGCCUCCCUGACCCCCCUCUUCAUGGGCAUCGUCACAAACCCUGCCCCCGACAACCCCAUGCUGAAUGAUGAGUCCCACAACAAGCAGUCAUACAAACCCAUCUCUGGUAAUGGGAAUGGUACUAUAGACUUCCCUGAGUUUUGA